AUGGUCUCCCCCAGGAUCUGUGGUCAGAACCAGGUCCCAGAAAAUGUGAGUGUGGUGGUGAACAACCCUGUGUCUCUAACCUGUGAGGCCUCUGGCAUCCCUCCUCCUGCUAUCACCUGGCUGAACGAUGGAAACACAGCAGCACAGGAGACCGCAGCAGACACUUCAACCUCAACGUACUGGGAUCAAGCAGGAGCAGGACCUCAGCAUUUCGACCCUUUAUUACAAAUGGAGACACAUGAAGAUGUUCAAUACUGUUUUCAAGACAGAAACUCUUCUUGCAGAAAGGCUUUGCUAUCGACAUCUAUCUACAUAACACUGUACAUCUUCUUCUCAUUGAUUUCAGCAGUUACAGUAUUUCUGAACAUACUGGUGAUCAUCUCCAUCUCUCACUUCAAGCAUCUCCACACUCCAACCAACCUGCUCAUCCUCUCUCUGGCUGUGUCAGAUCUCCUGGUGGGACUGAUUGUGAUACCAGUAACGACUGUAGCAAUAAUGGAACCAUGCUGGGAUUUUGGGAAAUAUUUCUGUGUGUUUUAUUUCUACAUCACUUGUUUAUGCGUUUCAUUAUCUCUGGGCAAUUUGGUCUUGAUAUCUAUUGACCGUUAUGUUGCUGUGUGUGAUCCCUUAUUGUACCACUCUAAAAUAACAAUAACAAGAAUGAUGUAUUGUAUAUCCAUUACCUGGUGUUGUUGUAUCAUAUACGAUGCUGCUAUUGCAAAAAUCUUUGUAAAUGUACAGGUACCCAGUAGGUGUUUGAAAGAAUGUUUUACUGUAGAAGGGUCAGUCUGGGGUAAUAUAAUUGACUUUGUAAUUACAAUGGUUGUCCCAUGCUCUAUUAUUAUAACACUUUAUUUGAAAAUAUUUGUGGUGGCCAGAUCACAGGCCAGAAAGGUAUUUUCAAAAGAGGCUGCCAGUGUGUCUGGUGUUAAAACUGUACAGGCAAAUAAGUCUGAGAGAAAAGCAGCAAAAACUCUAGCUAUUGUUGUUUUCAACUAUCUCAUUUGUUGGAUUCCAUUUCAUUUGUAUUUAUUUUUUCUUUUAAUUGAUAAUCUAUCAUCAUUUAUCAUCAGCUUUCUGCCACUUGUUAAUUCCUUAAUUAAUCCAAUAAUUUAUGCUUUCUUUUAUCCAUGGUUCAAAGUAACAGCUAAACAUAUUUUAACUCUGAAGUUAAGACGUUCAUAGUUCCUAUGUUUUUAUUCCCUAGUUUGAAAUAGUUAUGUUAAUCUUUUUUUUUUGUAAUUGCUUCGUUCAUGUAACAAUACACUGACAUUACUCAUCUCAGUGUUGUCAUCAUAGAUACAUCUGGUGGUGAUACAGAAUGAUUUGGAUGGAUUGGAAUGGGAUGACUUGGAGAAGGCAUAUGAAGGCAUAAGCUUGUUUUAUAAAAUACAUUGUAGUCAUUUAGGGUUGUAUAUUCCAAAUACCAAAGUCUGUGGUUAUUCUAUGAAAUGUAAUUAUAAAUAGUAUGUAAUUAUUCUAAAAGUACAUAUUGAGGACGUCAUGGAUCAUUCUAUAUGUUGUUUAACAUUACCCUCUAGUGGCUCAAUUGGGACACAACGCCUUUGUGGUAAAGUUGAAAUGUACAAUACUGCAAGAUAACGGAUAACGUCCAAGUCUCACUCAAUGGUGUAUUUUAAUAGUUGAUGGUAAAAUGUAAGAAUAUGCAAUUAUGUGUAAAACUUAAUAAUAACGU